AUGGAAAAAUCAGCGUUGAAGAUAACAGCAUUUACAACAGGAUGUAUAUUAGUGAUAAUAGUAUCAGUGAUAAACAUCAGCUUACUUAGUGUUCGUAUAUCCGGAACUCAUCCUUCAAUAAGUCAAACACCACUUUAUGGGCAAUAUGAUAACGGUGAAUCAAUGAGUACUGAAAGUAUACCUUUGGCAGCUCCAUCACCGGCUCGUCGCAGACAACAACGCUUACCUCAAUGCUUAAUUAUAGGCGUACGUAAAGGUGGUACGAGAGCAUUACUGGAUGCACUUGCGAUACAACCUUAUAUUCGUGUUGCUAGACGAGAGAUGCAUUUUUUCAACGAUAACGAAACAUAUAACAAAGGAUCAGAGUGGUAUCGUCGACAAAUGCCACAUACUUAUCCUGAGCAGGUGACAAUCGAAAAAACCCCAGCUUAUUUUACAAAUCAAUAUGCACCAGAAAGAGCUCAUCGUUUAAAUAGUUCAAUGAAAUUGAUAUUAAUAUUGAGGGAUCCGGUUAUUCGCACUAUUAGCGAUUUCACUCAGGUACUGUAUACAAAGAAUGAGCGGAAUAAAACGAAACCAUCGUUUGAGGCAGAAGCCUUUCUCAACGACAGUUUCACAAUUAAUAUUAAUUAUAAACCGGUACGUAAUUCGCUAUACUCACUCCAUAUGAGUCAAUGGUUGAAGUAUUUCUCGCUAAAAAAUUUUCUCAUUUUGGAUGGCGAUAAAUUUAUCGUGGACCCCUUACCACAGUUGCAAAAAGUUGAGCGAUUUUUGCAUAUUCCGGAAUCAUUCAAACCGGAUCAAUUGGUUUUCAAUAAGCAGAAAGGAUUUUAUUGUUUCCGACGGAAAGACCGAUAUACAGCGAAAUGCCUUGGAAAUACUAAAGGUCGUCCUCAUGUAAACAUUAUGUCAGAAAUUCAGUUAAAAUUGCGUAAAGGUUUUCGGCCGUACAAUGAGAAAUUUAAUAAAAUGGUAAAUCAGUGGUGGGAUUGGGAAGAGAAAUCAUUUUUGUAG